AUGGAAAAAUAUUAUGAAUUCAAUGAAGAACUACAUAUACUAUUUAUUGACUUCAGACAAGCUUAUGAUAGUAUAAACAGAAAGGAACUAUGGAAAGGUUUAGAACUAUUCGGAAUACCAAAGAAGUUUAUAAAUCUCGUUAAAAUGUGUAAUGAGAAGACAAUCUGUAAAAUACGCUACUUACAAAAUUACUCGGAAACAUUCGAGGUAAAAUCUGGUCUACGCCAAGGUGACGCCCUCUCUCCCACAUUAUUCAAUCUAGCUCUGGAAAAAAUAAUAAGAGAUACAAACGAAGAACGGAACAUGGACAUAAUUGGGGAGUCGGUAAUUUUAGCCUAUGCAGAUGAUAUUGUAGUAUUAGGGAAGGCGAAAGAAGAAAUUAUUCAAACAACCGAGAAACUGGUCAAGACAAGAAGACCAAGAACCCGGUGGAUAGAUGUGAUAACCAGAGACUUGAAAGAGAUAGGCCAAAAUGUAACUUUUGAGCUGACGUGCAACAGAGAGAGAUGGCGAGACCUCUUGAAGGCAGCAAUGGUUCUCAACGGACAGAGAGACAUUGAUUCAAGUCAAAUGCUUAUGAGUUCUUUUAUUGCAAACAAGACUAUAAAAAUUGAAAUGGACAAGAAGAAACUACUGUCUGCUAGUGUUGAACUAAUAACAGUGAAUGGAAGACCAAUGUGCCUAAUGCAAGAUUCUGGUUUUCAAAAAUUAAUAAUCCCAAUACCUAAAGCCUUUGAACCUAAUUCUGAAGACUUGAUGGUGGAUAAUGAACCAAUAGAGCUUGAAAAUGAGGUAAUUGAUGCUAUUUGUCCAGAAGCAAUUACUUCAAAAGUAAGAUGUGCAGCACACACUUUAAAUUUGGCAAUUGAAGAGGGACUGAAUAUCCAAAGUAUCCGUGGCGCUCUUGCACGAGCAAGAACAGUUGUUAAGAAAUUACGAUCUCCAAUCUAUGCAGGACUACUUAAACAGGAAAAUAUAAAACAAGCCAUUCGUGAUGUAGAAACCGAUGGUCAUCUGUGUAUGACAUGUUAUAUAGACUUCUUGAACUCAAAGAUUUCUGUUUAA